UUAAUGUUUGUAUUCUGAGGAAGGGUUGGUGGAUCGGAUGGAACAGGGUGGCCCCGAAAAGCGCCAUUUUUAUGACGAACGAGAGGCGGUCGAAUCCUCCCACUAAGGUGACCUAGAGAGUAGGUACUGGUACAUACAUCCUGUGGUGGUUACUGUGUACUGUGUGAAUGGUCCACCGAGUACCUGCCCUGCCCACCACUGCCCACCUCCCUAUGAGGUACCUGUACCUUCCACGCCUACCCACCUGCCACUUACCCACGCCUCGCCGCCUCGUCCUGGUCCUCCUCGUUGAUCCCGUCCAAUCCAAUCCCACUGCUCCCACUGGGUACGUACCUCUCCUCCGCCCACGGACCCAAACAUCCUCCUCUCUCUCCCUCCGCCAGUUCAACCCACUCUUCUCCUCCUCUUACACAAACCACACCACACCUCACACCUCUCCCUCAACACUCUCUUUUCCCUAUCCCCCUCACCUCCUCACCGUCCAAUUCAUUUUGGUCACGGUACAACUAAACAUCGCCAGUAGAGGCUCCCUGGCUGGCCCAACCACGCUGGCAUACAUCCACCACUCUCCUUGGUACGGCACGACCCUGAUUCCGUGACCGCUGUCUCUUAUCGGCGGACAAACCUGCACCGCACUGCAUCCAUCCAUCAUACGCCAACACAACAACAGCAUCAUCGUCACCACCGCCUCCUUCUCCCGACUGCUCUUCCACUCCGUCUCUCUCUCUCUCCAUCUCUCAUUCUCACACUUACUCUCUCUCCGUUUCUAUUCCGACCCCAGAUUCAAUCGCAUCCCCUCUCCACCUUCUUCUCCUCAAC